CACUCUGGUGUACUAGAUCAACGCUCUGCAUAUCGCAAUGAGCCCGUUUUACUCAGCAAGGCACAGCUGUCGGAGGCGAGUCGGUCUUCCUGGACGAGCACUGCCGGCUCCGUGGGCCAUGGUUCGUCUCGCACCACGCAGAUGAUGGGCCUGCUCGAUGAUGCGGAUUCAAUUGUCCAGCUCCCUCCGUUCGUGCGCCCCUUGCCGAGUAAAAUCCCAGCGGAUGAUAUUCGCUAUCUACACGCAAAGGGUGCGCUCAGCAUCCCUUGCCUGUCGCUGCAGAAUGCGCUUCUGCGUGCCUACAUUGAAUAUGUCCACCCUUAUAUGCCACUUAUGGAUCUGGUUCCCUUUCUCAGCGUCAUCAACCGUUAUGAUGCUGCAGAGGGCCAGAUUAGCCUGUUCUUAUAUCACGCCGUCAUGUUUUCGGCAACUGCUUUUGUCGACAUGAGACAUCUGCGAGAAGCAGGCUACGCAACUCGCAAGGCUGCCAGAAAAGCCUUUUUCCUAAAGACGAGGCUACUCUACGAUUUCGACUACGAAUCAGACCGCUUGAUACUCGUCCAGGGGCUCUUGUUAAUGACGUACUGGUACGAGACUCCCGAUGAUCAGAAAGAUACUUGGCACUGGAUGGGUGUGGCGAUAUCCUUGGCUCAUACUAUUGGGCUGCAUCGCAACCCCGAGGUCACCAGCAUGGCCGUGCCGACGCAGAAGCUGUGGAAACGCAUUUGGUGGUCUUGCUUUAUGCGCGACCGUCUCAUUGCUCUUGGCAUGAGGCGCCCGACGAGAAUCAAGGAUGAGGAUUUCGACGUGCCUAUGCUGGUGGAGAGCGACUUUGAGCUGGGGGUGCUGCCAGACAAAGUCACCAUUAUCCCACCUGAAUGCACGUUGAUGCGCGAUACAGAGAUGCAGCGGGAGCUUGCCGUCAUGUGCAUCGCCAAGGCGAAGCUGUGCAUUUGCAUUAGCCACAUGUUAAAGGCCCAGUACUCGGUUCUCAUCCGAGACAACAUGAAGCCCGAGAACACGACCAACAGCACCAUGAUGCUGUUCCCCAAUAAGAAGCUGGAUAAUUUGGACAACAUCAAGGUGGUUGACGCAGAGCUCCAGGAAUGGGCGGCAUCACUUCCUGCGUGUUGUCAGUACCGCAUGUUGGUCCCUGCAGACACCAAGAACGGCAGGUCUACUAUUGUCGUUCAGCGAAUGCUCCUCCACAUGGUAUAUCAUACGACUAUCUCUGCUCUGCACCGUCCCCAGUUUCUACCGUCGUCUCCCAUGCAAGCACCGACCGCCUCUCGCCAGGUGCAAGAGAUGUCGCGCCAUAAGGUGAAGGAUGCGGCGACGCACAUUACGGACAUGGCCACCGAGCUGCACCACCUCCGCCUGGAGAGGUAUUUACCUACCACCGGUGUGACAGUGAUCCUACCUGCCAUGAUCAUCCACCUCUUGGAGAUGAAGAACCCAAUGCCAGAUGCUCGGUCGCGCGCAACAAGAGGGUUCCGCCAGUGCAUGCGAGUCAUGGAGAAACUACGCGAGAUAUAUGCUGCCGCCGACUAUGCCACCGGGUUCCUGGAUGCCGCUCUCAGGAAGGCGGCUAUUGAUAUCAAUGCUACCGUCGAGCCGUCGACGUUGGCAAUGAUGAAGGAGGUUCCCCCUGAAUUCGGCACGCACACGCCGCCACCUGAAAACGCUCCGUACAUGACCGCUUCCGAGACACUCUUCAACCAGAAGCCCAAGGAGGUCCAGAAACCGAUGGGCCCUCCGGGGGCAAUCAAUACCAUCGCCCAAGGAUCAUCUGUGGUCAACUCUCCGCCGCAAACCGAUUUUGAUCCGUCGAAUCUUACUCCGAGUGUGAGCGGCGGAUCGGAUGAGGUCCACAUGGAAGUAGAUAACAUUAUUGGUGUCGAUUUCAUGCAAGGCCAUGACGAGUUUGACUGGAACGCGGUCGCCGGUACUGAUUUUGAUGUGGACCAGUGGCUACAAUUCCCUCCUGAGGGAGUUGCUGGCACCGACGAGACGUUGAUGGCCAGUGCAUUCACUGGCGCUCCUGGCGGUGAGGAUAAUACUUUUGGCUGGGUCUUCAACACAAGUGUUGAUGGAACUAUUCCGGCGCACCCCGAAACCUCUACUUGAGCUGAAACAAACAAAUAAGAGAUUUUGCUUUGAGGCAUUCUCUCAUUCGCCCUGCGGAUAUUGGUAAGGUUUUUGGUUAAAAAAUAUAUAAUAGAUUAGGGAGAGGCGUCAAUGGAUGGCGUUUUGGAUAUGUUGU